AUCUUAAGAUACAGGCCAACCAAAGAGACAGCGAAAAUUUUAAGGUGGGCAUAGAAGGGCUUAUCUUAAAUAUUAUAGAUUUAUUGUAUCGUGUAAAGGAGUGAGAAGGGUACCAGCUUUGUGUGUAGGUUUUGGCUUCUUCACAGAACAUUUAGAUCCAUGUCUCUAAACUAAUGAAAUAGACAUAGGGGCUUCAAAUAAAAUCUAAAUACGCUGCAAAAGAGGGCAAACGGAAAACGAUAAGAAAAGGAAAUUCCAGAUGUUUUUUCUUCUUUUCCCAUAACCAUAUACUCUGAAAACAGAACUUCCUGUUGUUUCUUUCUCAUAGUAAGUUCAAAAAAGCAGUUGCUGGAAUUGUAUGCAAUGUGAAAAGGGUCAUACAAUGCACCUGAAUGGAACAGCUACUAGACGUUAAUGAGAAGAGGUAAUAAAUUAAUUGUUUUCGGGAACUCAAUUUGAGAAUUGUUCUGUUUCAAAAGUGAAAACAAGAAAACCCAAUCCAUGAUUGUGACUUCCCUGUCCACUAGUAGUCUUUCUUUUUCCUGCUCACUUUGUUUAUAUGCCAAGAUUGAUUGCCUAUUUGAGGCUGAUGAGUUGUUAUUUGAACUUGUGAACUUACUUGCAUGACUUGGUACAUUCAACGAGAACUUAAUAACUUCUUUAUACAUCUUUUAUCGACAGAGAACUGAUAUCAGAAUGUAAUGACGUUUUAAGCCAGUGCCAUAUACAUGUGGCACUCAAAGGUUCACAAUUCGACAAUGAAGGUACUGUGAGAUACUUGUAUUUACGCUUCUGCAACAAUUCCAGACUUUCAAUAUCACUUUGGGCCUGCAAUUAGCUGCUGUUUUGUAACAAGGCACUGGAUUUGUUUGAAGUAAAUGGUAAUAAACUUUGCCUAUGGUGAAUGAUCAUAUUAAAAAACAUAACAUUUUUCACUUUACUGUUGGUAGAACGAAUAGAAAGAGAGAAAAACAAACCUUUAAUGUUAAUUGAGCUUGUGCUGUACAAGAUUUUCUAUUAUACUUCUUCUGGGUGUUUUCAGGCUGCCAGUCUCUGCCAAACAUUUGUACCCUUCUUUAUUCAUUUGCUUGUACUUUUACUUUCAGUAUGUAGAAGUAAUGCGCGGCAGAGAGAGAGAAUAGGGCAGAUGUGGAGGUCCGGGUGUACCAGCCCACAAUGUCAUCGGUCAACAUUGUGGUUGGGGACAUCAUUUCUGGUAAGUGUGUCAACUUGGUGUAA